UCAUGUGCUUUUAAAUAGUUACAAUAUGAAAAAUCCUAUAAGGUCGUUCGAAUAGACAGAAAAAGAAAACAGUCAAACACAUUAUUUUGGUGCUGUUAUUCUUAAUUUGCACCUAGAUUUUUGUCAUUAGGUGUAACUAAUCUUUAAAAUAAUCACUCAAAAUGGAGAGUGUUUUUGUUUUCUCUGUUCUAGAGGAAAGUAAAAGUAAAUGUUGCCUACUGUUUUUUUCUAUGAAACUUUCUUAUCUUUGACUCUCCCCUUUUUCUUACUUUCCCAUCAUUUCUUUCACACAUUGAUUUUCAUAUUUGUAUAUGUUGUUACAACUUAUAAAAAGAAAGUUGGGUUCUAAUUUUAGAAACAGCGAUAGGGAAUAGCUCUUGCAUUACAUCCUAUAGUCAGUUUUGCGCAUACAUGUCACUUCUGAUUUGAUUGGCCAGCAAUUGUGAGAAGAAAACUAACUAAUAUAACUAGGGGUUUCUUCCUUUGAUUUCUCAGCAAAAAUAAUAAUUAAAUACUGCAAAAGAAGAGAGACACAGAAUAGAAAGAUGUGAGUCGCUCCUCUAGGAAGAAACAUUCAAUAAUUCUUAAGAGAUUAAUAUGCCAUGUGUUUCUAUUCUAAUUGAUACAUCACACUAAAAACAAAUACAAAACUAAAUAAAAUCAAAAUAACAAUAUAAUAAAAACAUUAAAAAUAAAUACAAAACUAAAUAAAAUCAAAAUAACAAUAUAAUAAAAGUAGAAACUCACUUUAAAAAUUGACCUACUGCGGAUGCUCUAAGUAUGUUGUUUAAUUAGUUUAGUUUAAUAUAUUUUAAGAAUUAUUUUUUUUUUGAAACACAAUUAUGUAUUGUUCAGCCCUGUGUUUUAGAUAAUUAUUAUGCAAUUAAAAUAUUAUUCCGUAUAUUUUAGUGAAAUCUAACUAAUAUAAGUAUGUUAUUCGACCUUGUGUUCUAAAAAAUAAACUUGCCACAGCUAUCUUUAGAAUUGUCUCUCCAUGUCUUAUGCAUCCACGUCAUCGUCCAAUCCCUAUGUAUAUAACAUGAUUUUGUUUAACCCAUGCGGUUAAUUUUUGCUAUACCCAUGUGCUAAUGGUUUCGUGAAGUUUCUUCACUAAAAUAAAUUGGCAAUGAAUGCAGAGACUCUACCGGAUUCAAUAGAUAGGGAUGGACACAACUCAAAUAUCCUGAAUUUUAGAGAUAUUUAUAUUUCGAUUUAUUUCUUCUGAAUAAUUAAGUAUUCGAUUUGAUUUAUUCCGUAACUAUACGGAUAUUUCAGAAAAUUUUAUAUUUUAUGGAUAUCCGAUUCGACCUAUACAAAUAUAACUAAAAAAAUUAAAAUAAUUUAAAAUAAUAAUAUUAUAUUACAAAAUAAAAAAUAUUUAAUUUAAAAAACUUUAAAUGCUAAAAUAAUCAGUUUAAUAAAUUAAAAUAUUGUAAACUUACAUAAAAUAUAAUAAUUAUAUAUAAUUCUUUUAAAUAUAUGUAUAUAUAUAUACCACGGAUCAGAUCAAUACAUUCUUAAAAAUAAUAAUAUUUGUGAUUUGUUCUAUUUUCAUAGAUAUUGCAUAUUAGUAUUUUACUGGUUUCAUAAAAUUACGGAUAUCUAAAUUUUUGGUUUGAAAUGAAAUGGAUAACGAAUCGAAUCAAAAUUUACAUAUAUAUUAUUGUGGUAUUUUUUUUUAAAAAAAAGAAGAAAACCAAUGUUACGUAAUUAAACUCUAAAAUGUGGUCAAUUUGACUACUUGAUUUUCUUGGGAUAAAACCUUUUAUAAGGUUCAGCAUAAAUAAGAUAGAGAAAAUAUUAAAAGAAAGAAAAUAGUUGGAAGGAAAAAAAACGUUAAGGAAAACUCCACAGAGUGAGAGAGAAACAGAACCAACACUUCCCAUAUGCAGCCAAAGAACAUUGGGAAGCUCUUUUGUCCUAACAACUAUAAAAACAGACCCCCACCUAAAGGAUCCCUAGUUUCUUAUGACAAAUAAUUAUCUUCUUUAUUUUAUCACUCCAAAUCUCCAAUUCCCGAUGGACAGAUUAGACAAUCUUGAAUGUGUCUGAACCCCGAUUUUGUCGUUUUAUUUGGCUAAGUGGUAAGAAGACUAGGGGUUUAAACAGUUAAUCAAGGCCCUGUUUGAUCUACCAUAUUCAAUCUCUCUUUUUUCACUUAGGAAAAGUUUUGAACCUUUGGUUUAUAAUUUAUAUCAAAAGAAAUGUGAAUUUUAGAUAUACUCCCUUCAUUUCAUGUAAAAUAUUUUAGGAAUUUUUUAUUGUUUCACAGUAUAAGAUAUUUUAAUAUAUCUGUGUAACUUUAAGUUUAUUAAAUAUUGUAUAACCAAUUAUAUUUUUACUGUUAUUUUUGUAACUAGAUAAAUUAUUUCAAAUUAUUGUUUUAUAUAAUUUAUAUUAUAAAGAGUUAACCAUGCACCACAUAUUUUAAUAACUUCCAGUGACACUUUUAAAACAAUAUAUAUAUUUCCAGUGAUAUAUGUGUGUAUUAAGGCAAAACAUCACAUAAUGAUAUUUUUCUUAGUUUUAUAAGAUGUUUUAAACGAAUGCUCAAAAUUUUAUUUGUAAAACCAUCAUUCAUCAGAAAAAAUCUAAAUAAUAAAAACAUUGGAGAAUAUUACAAUAAAAUACAAAUAUAAAUUAAUGUGUGUAGGAAAAUUUGAAGAAAUUAAUUAAAGUCUAGAUAUCUUAUCUUUGUCUAUUAAAUUUUAUUUUUGGAAUAUCACAUCUGGUAGAAAGUCUUUAAUUGAAAAAAAAACGUACUAUAUAAAAUGAAAAUUAAAACAGUGGACAACAAUAGACAGCUUAAAUGCUAUAUAAAGGCUGAACCGACCCUUCUUGGUUCCCGCAUCCCCUCGCAAUACUCAACAUACCAACAACAACAUAAUACCAAGAAGAAGCGAAGGCGUGAAACAUCAGAAAUGGCGGCGAGUUGCGUAAUAACAUCCCCUGAGGAAGAACACACACCAAAACUAGACCUUGUGACGCCACUAGUCUUCAACCCUUCAAUGCUUAACCUCCAAGCCACUAUUCCAAACCAGUUCAUAUGGCCUGACGAUGAGAAGCCUUGCCUCGAAGCUCCCGAGCUUGACGUUCCCCUCAUCGAUCUCCAAAACUUCCUCGCCCAUAGCCACUCCACGUUAGAUGCUUCCAGGCUCAUAUCCGAGGCCUGUUAUAAGCACGGUUUCUUCCUCGUGGUCAAUCACGGCAUCAGCGAGCAGCUUAUAUCUGACGCUCAUGAAUAUAUGUCUCGCUUCUUCGACAUGCCUCUCUCUGAGAAACAGAGGAUUCAGAGAAAAGCAGGCGAGAGUUGUGGCUACGCUAGCAGUUUCACUGGCCGCUUCUCCACCAAGCUUCCGUGGAAGGAAACCCUUUCUUUCCAGUUUUGUGACGACAAGAGCCGCCCAAAAAACGUUCAAGAUUACUUCUGCGAUGCGUUGGGACAUGAGUUUGAGCCAUUUGGGAAAGUGUAUCAAGAGUACUGUGAGGCAAUGAGUUCUCUGUCGCUGAAGAUCAUGGAGCUUUUGGGGAUAAAUUUAGGCGUAUCCGGAGACUACUUCAAAUCAUUUUUUGAAGAAAAUGAUUCCAUAAUGAGACUAAAUUACUACCCUCCAUGUCAAAAACCAGAUCUUACAUUUGGAACAGGACCUCAUUGUGAUCCUACUUCUCUUACCAUCCUUCACCAAGACCAUGUUCAUGGCCUUCAAGUCUUUGUCGAUAAUCAGUGGCGCUCCAUUAGUCCUAACCCCAAGGCCUUUGUGGUCAAUAUCGGUGAUACUUUCAUGGCUCUAUCAAACAAUAGAUACAAAAGCUGCUUGCACCGGGCGGUGGUGAACAGCAAGAGCGAGAGGAAAUCACUUGCGUUCUUCUUGUGUCCCAAAAAAGACAGAGUAGUGAAGCCACCAAGAGAGCUUUUGGACGGCAACACACCAAGGAGAUACCCUGACUUCACUUGGUCUAUGUUGCUUGAGUUCACUCAGAAACACUAUAGAGCAGACAUGAAUACUCUCCAGGCUUUCACAGAUUGGCUCAGCAACAAACCCAUCCAAUAAUGAAAAGCAAUAUAUAUAUGUAUUUGUCUUGUUAGUUACUAUGUUCUUUAUAUUUCAUGUAUAUGGUAAGAUAUCAAUAACACCCUUAGUAUUUUAUUUCUAAUCCGUUAUUGAUUGCAUACAGGUAUUUAACAAAUCAAGAAGUUAGCAUGUUUGGGGAAAAAAGUAUAGGAGAAUUAAUACAAAAUAGUGAACAGAUCAAAUGUCUACGACAAACAAAUACAAAUUAAGGUUAAAGAGAAACUAUGUGCAUGUGCAUCAUGCAUCAUCUUGGAGCUUCAUCAGAAAAAAACAAAACAUAUGGGCCACCAUAACCUAACUAAAAAUGCUUUCUUUCACACAACCAUAAUUAAGACUUCGAAGUGAUAGAUGGAUUUGCGUUCCCUAAUCUGUAGUUUAAAGUAAUCGCAUUUAUUUACUUUUUAUCUAUUUAAUAAAUAGUACACGCAGAAAAAACACUACAUACUCUAGUUUACCGUGAUUAAACUCCAAUACACAUAUAAACAUGUGUAAGCUUGUUAUUGUCGUUGGAUCCCUAAUAAAUAAAACACUAUUCAUCGAGUAGCAUGUUGUUUAUUUAUGGUCGCCUCCAGAAAUUUUUUGACCAGCUUUAACAUGUGCUCAUUGAUAUAACAAUUUUGGAUAGAUCCACAUAACAUCAUACAUUUCCAUAAAUUCCUCUUAGUCCAGUAACCCACUUGAA